CUCUUAAUAUUUGAAGUUUUCUUUUUGAGCUAAAUAAUUUAUGCUUAUUUUUUACUCCCUCCGUCCCCAGUUAACUGAUGUGAAUACAAGAGUCUGUACAAAUCCACGUCAGUUAAUUUGGAACGGAGAGAAUAUUUAAUUGGAAUCUCUCUUUUUUUCCUUUUAUAUAAGGGACAUCCAUCGGUUCCUGCUACUUGCUAGCCCAUCGCACUUAGAAAUCUCUUGCCGAUGCAGCACUAUUGACGCGUUCUUAUCUUGGAGGCCCAUUGUUAUUCAAGCGGACAAGAUUGUAUGCAUAUUCAGCAUGGAAUUUACAAGUGGCGACGUGUGGUUCGCCGUAGCUGUUCUCUUAAUUGCUACGGUCGUCACCAAGAUUGCAAUUGCAAGAGCUACCGUUGAUCCAACGUGCACAAGACCACUUCCACCUGUGGUGAAGGGCGUUGCUCUCCUUGGACUUCUACACGCCCUUGUUACCAAGGAUCUACCAACUGUGAUACAUGAUCUGUAUGAAAAAUUUGGCAGUGUGUUCACAGUAAGCUUGCUUGGACAAAAGGUGACCUUCUUGGUCGGGCCAGAGGUGUCGGCCCAUUUCUUCAAAGGGUUGGAGUCAGAAAUUAACAUCGGCAAUCUGCUGAAUUUCACCGUGCCCAUAUUUGGUCAAGAGGUGGGUUACGGCGUGGAUCUCGCAACUCGGAAUGAGCAGGCCCGAUUCUGCCUUGAUGCACUGAAGCCGUCCAAGUUGAGGAGCCAUGUUGACCCCAUGCUUCAAGAAGUAGAGGAGUACUUUGCAAAGUGGGGACAACAUGGGAUAGUUGAUUUAAAACAUGAGUUUGAGGUGUUACUCAUGUUGAUCUCAAGCCGGGUUCUACUCGGUAAAGAGGUCCGGGAGAAGAUGUUCGAUGAGUUCUGCACAUUAUUUGGUCAGAUCGAAAACGGGGUGAACCUUGUCAGUGUCUUCUUCCCAUACAUCCCAAUUCCAUCAAACCAGAGACGCGACAGAGCACGCGUCAAGCUCACACAGAUACUAUCUGAAGUUGUGAGUUCGCGCAAGAGCUCCGGCCGAGUUGAAGAGGAUACGCUGCAGAGACUCAUCGAUUCCAGGUAUAAAGACGGCCGAUCCACAACGGAAGCAGAGAUCACCGGGAUGAUAAUUGGCAUGCUCUUCGCUGGGAAACACACGAGCUCUCACACUACUAUCUGGACUGGAGCAUGCCUCCUUAACAGUCCCAAAUUCCUGGCUGCUGCUGUCGAGGAGCAAAAGGAACUCGUUGUGAAAUACAAAGACCAGAUCGACUACAAUACCUUGGCAGAGAUGGAUGCCCUCCAUUGCUGCAUCAAAGAGGCACUCCGGAUGCACCCUCCGUCGCCCGUGCUGGUCCGCAAGGCACAGAAGCAGUUCACCGUGAAGACGAAAGAAGGUAACGAGUAUGACAUCCCAAGGGGGCAUACCAUUGCCAGCCCUACGAUAGUUAACAACAAUAUGCAUUACAUUUAUAAGGAGCCCCAAGUGUAUGAUCCGGAUCGUUUUGGCCCUGGAAGAGAGGAGGACAUAGUUGGUGGCAAGUUCUCUUACACGUCAUUUGGCAGCGGAAGACAUGCUUGCAUUGGCGAGUCAUAUGCUUACAUGCAAAUUAAAUUGAUAUGGAGCCAUUUGCUGAGGAAUUUUGAGCUUGAACUGGUUUCUCCUUUCCCGAGGACAGACUGGAACAAGAUUGUGCCAGGACCUCAAGGGAAGGUCAUGGUAAGUUAUAAGAGAUCGAGGAUGUCAGCCUAGCUAUCUAGCUAGCAUCGACAUGAGAAAUUACAUGCCACUUCAAGGAAUAAAUAUCUGCUUAUGCGGAACCUAUAUGCAUGUUUGUGGAUUUCUUUUCUUGGAGGAACACUUGAAAUGAUUAUAUCGCUUUUAUCUUUGCGAGCACUCCAAUAAUCUGUUGUUUCCCACUGAAUAGCAUUUACAUGUAUUGAAAAAAUUAGGAAUUUUGUAUUCAUAUUAUGAAGUUAAUCUAAAUAAUUAUUAGUGUCAUAUCAUUA